AUGGCGGCGGCCAUACGGGUGUACUGUGCCCUCCGCGUCACAGUCGGAGCUCCACUCCGCAGCUUCGUGUCCCAGAGUCGAGCCCCGGCCGCGGCUCUUCCCCCGGCGACGGCCUGGCAGCAAACCAGACAUGGCAGCUUCUUCAACAAGUUGACGGCUGAGGAGCUGUGGAGAGGUGUUCUGGCAGAGACCGGUGCCGGAGCCAGGAAGGGCCGAGGGAAAAGAACCAAGCGCAAAAUGAAGAAGGACCUGAACCGGGGACAGAUGCUCGGAGAAGGGCGAGGAGGUUUCCUGUGGCCUGGUCUGAACGCUCCGGUGGUGAAGGACGGCGUUCUGCAGAACAUGAGUCGACGAGGCGAGGCUGAGCAGCAGGAGCUGCAGGCCGACUUGGUGCGUCAGAGGGAGGAGUGGGACAAGAAGAGGAAGAUGAAGGUGAAGAGGGAGAGAGGAUGGACGGGGAACUCAUGGGGCGGCAUCAGCCUGGGCCCCCCCGACCCUGGACCCAAUGGAGAAACCUAUGAGGACUUUGACUCGCGUGUCAUCGAGGUGAAGACUGUGUUCAACAUGACGGCCAAGGAGGGAAGGAAGAGAUCCAUCAGCUGCCUGGUCGCCGUGGGGAACGGCAACGGAGCUGCAGGCUUCGCACUGGGUAAAGCAGCCGAUAGGAACACAGCUCUGAGGAAGGCCAAGAACCGAGCGAUCCACUACCUGUACUACAUCGAUCGCUUCAACGACCACACCAUUUAUCACAACAUCGAGUCCAAGUACAAGAGGACGACGCUCCGCAUGAAGAAACAGAACCAAGGUGCAGCUGCGUUCAGGUUAUGGUCUUCACUGCCACCGGGCUGUCAUCACUCUGUGCAAGCUGAUGGGGAUCCAGGACAUGUACUGCAAAGUGGACGGAUCCAUCAACUACCUGAACAUCACCAGGGCGCUCUUCACCGGAUUAGCCAAUCAGGAAACACACCAAACUCUGGCCAACAAGAAGGAGCUCCACGUGGUGGAGUUCCAGUCCCAGCGAGGCCCCCUCCCCCUGGUGGUGGCGAGUCCUAAAGCCGGCGCUCGAUCGGACCCGAAUCCCGAGGACGAGAUCCCCAACACCCGGCUGCACUGGGCCGACGUGAAGGCUGCUCAGGGAUCCAAGCGCUCCAUCUGGGCGGGGGUGAAACGCACCAUCUGGUAGAGCGGCUGAGGAGCGGACUCAUAGAGGCACGAGGAGCAGAUAACAGCUCUGAGGUCAGCAGUGAAGAACUUUUCUUUCAAGGAUCAAAGUUCCAUGUUCCUCAGAAUGGAGACAUCAAGCUUCACCUCACACAGACCAGGACACAGUGAGAUCUUGAUGUGUAGAGAUCCAUCCUUCAUUUCUGACUGAAUCAAAUGUUGAAUUGUUCUGAUAUAAAUAAAUCAUAAACCUGU